AUGGGAGACUCAGGAGUGCCGGCCGGCGGGGAGGGAGGGGCCCCCGAAAAGUCCAACAUUUACGCAUUAAUUAUCUUCAAGUGGGACCCCGAGAAGCCCCUGCUGCUCUCUGCUGCUGUCGAUGUUUCUUCUUUUCCUUUCUUCCACAGAUCCACAAUGAAGGAGCACAUCAUCUUCCACUCCAGGCUGAUAGCAGCGCGGACGCCCCCCGGGCGUCGGCAGGUGGUGGAGUUCGAAAAGGGUUUGGGUCGGUGUUUUGUUUUUAAUCAUUUUUCUUCUCUUUGCUGCUGCGCUUUGACUUCCUUCAACUACCCCCUGAGAGUUGCUUUUGGGCUUCUCAACGAGGCCCUCAAGCAGAUGCAACAGGUGGAAGAAAGUGCGUGGCGAAGUCUUGCUGCUGACGCAAAGACCGAUUUGCUGCCGAGCAGCAAAUUGCUGCUGGAGAAAUACAAAAACCCAGUUGAGGCCGACAAGCUCCUCAAGGUGCAGCAGGACCUCGACGAGGUGAAGGGAGUGAUGCUGCGCAACAUAGAUGAGCUGCUGCAGCGCGGAGAGAAGCUGGAAGAUUUGAUGCAGCGCAGCGAAGAUCUUUCGAGCACUUCUUAUCAGUUUUACAGACAAGCCAAGAAGUCCAAUAGCUGCUGCAGCAGCCUUUACUGA